AUGGCCGGCGAGGGGGUCCAGACGGCGAUGGAAGGCACAGACGACACGACGAAGCCCAUCGGCAUCGCACACGGGAUAGAGAUUGGCGGUCACGAUCACCGGACGCAGCGGCGACGGCGACGGAAGCGAAGGGCGGACUCGGACGCGGACACGGGCUCAGACUCUGGAUCAGGGCGAGAGCGACAGAGGACGCGAAAGCGAGGAGACAUCCCGGAGACGACAAGACGGCGCGGUCCGCUGCCGGACCAGGCAGACUCGUUUGCCCUCGUGCAGCAGGGUGGCGACGGCGACGCGGCGGCGGUGCGGCCGCCCAAGGAGAAGGCCAACUACGGCACGACGGGCGCGCUGGCGGCCGCGUCCAACGCCGUGACUGCGGCGGACGGCCAGACGGUGACGCUCAAGUACCACGAGCCGCCUGAGGCGCGCAAGCCGGCGCCGGCGGACGCGUGGCGGCUGUUCGUGUUCAAGGACGGCGCCAUCGUCGACUCGAUCGUGCUGGCUGCGCGCAGCUGCUGGCUCGUUGGGCGCGAGGCCGCCGUCGUCGACCUGCUGGCAGCCCACCCUAGCGUCAGCAAGCAGCACGCCGUGCUGCAGUUUCGCUUCGUCGAGCGGCGCAACGAGUUCGGCGACCGCAUCGGACGCGUGCGGCCGUACGUGCUGGACCUGGCGAGCGCCAACGGGACGCGGCUGAACGGAGAGGCGGUGGCGGCACAGCGGUUUGUGGAGCUACGGGAACGGGACAUGGUGCAGUUUGGGGACAGCACGCGGGAGUACGUGUUGAUGAAGGAGGGAUGA